AUGAAAAUUUUAUGUUUAUUUACUUUUCUCCAAUCAUUUCUCUGCAUUCAAAUACAGCUUUCCAAAUUUAAAGUGUUAAAGUCAAUAGAUGCUUUUAAGUUAUCUAAUUAUGAUAAUGUGCAAUAUUAUGGUCCAAUUUAAAUAGGAACUCCUAAUUAGUAAUUAAGUGUAAUUUUUGAUACAGGUUCUCCAUAUCUUUGGGUUCCUAGUGACAAAUGUUCUAUUUUAUAAUGCCACUAUAGCAAAAGAUUUCAAACCUCAAAAUCAUCAACAUACAAAAACUUUUCUAAAUCAGAUGAAGUAGAAUAUGCAUCAGGAAAUUGCAAAGGAUUUUGGGGUUCAGAUUAUGUUUAAUUAUUGUCAGAUGGUAACACAAGAGUAGAAGCGAAGAUUUUAUUCAUAUAUUAAGAUUCUGGAUUUAGUGAAUUAUAAUCAGAUGGGUUAUUGGGUCUAAGUAAUGAUAAAGAAAUUGAUAAUAUAUUCGAUUUGGCAUACAAAAAAGGUUCUAUAAAAUCUAAUCUUUUUGCGAUGGAACUUAAAAAUACAAAUGAACAAUCAUUAUUUUAUUACGAUGAAAUUCCGAAUGAAAUUAUGGAUAAUGUGGAAUGGGUUCGAAUUUUGAGAAAAGAUUAUUGGGUAUUUUAAAUUUAAUUAUCUUAGACAGUAAAGGUUCUAAAUAUAUAUGUAAAUGAACACCCUAUUAAAACAGGAAAUUUAAAAGAAGCUUUAAUUGAUUCAGGAACAUCUCUUUUGUACCUACCAGAGAAUGUUGUUUAUAAAGUAUUUGAAGAGUUAAUCUUAAAAGAUUGUAGAUUUUUAGAAAGUUAUGUGUUUUGUCCUUGUUAAAUUCCUAGAGAUAAAGUUGAAGAUUAUCCAAAAAUAAAAGUAUUUUUGGAAGGAAUAAUUUUAGAAUUAGAUAUUAAUGAUUAUAUGAUGAGAGAUAUAAUAUAUUAUGGAUUAUGUUUUAUAGGAAUAUAGAUAGAAACAUAAAUGGAUUUAAUGAUAUUUGGUGAUAUUGUAAUGAGAAAAUAUGUAAUUGUUUUUGAUAAAGAGAAUAAUAAGAUCGGUUUUAAAGGGUAUAAUAUACAAUGUAAAAUUAGUGUUGAAAAAUUAAAUAAUAUAAAAACAAUAAGUUUUUUAUGGGUUGAAAUAAUAGGCUUUGGAGCAAUCAUUAUUAGUUGUAUAAUUUUAUAGAUGAAAAUAACAAAGUUAUGA